AUGUUCAAUAUGGCAAGCACUCCGCCGCCGCCCUCGCCGUCAGCAUUGAGGGUCCCUGCUGCUCCUCUCCAUGGAGGAGGAUAUGACCAGUUUUCGCCGUAUCCAACUCGACAUUCAACACGGUUGGCUAAGCAACGCGCUGCUCGAGGUGCUGAGAGCACACCCCCACCAAUUUGCCCGAGUUCUCCGAGCAAGGCACGAUCCAGUGCUUCACCGAAAAAGUAUCGAAAAGUUCAAGUUGACGGAGAGACAUUAUCACCGCCCGGAAGUAGCUCGCGUUCGAAACCGUCAGCUGCCAUUUCAAAAGAUAGUCGCCGCUUUCACAGCACUCAUGCUGCCUACGACCCUUUUGAUCUUUCUGCCUCGCACAAUGCCCCCUCCUCUGCUCCGGCUCGCUCUCGCACAGCAAUGAACCUAGCUCUGCCCACCCCUGCUAGGACACCUUCAAAGAAGAAGGUCGAUCAUUUCUCAUCCGCCUCCCGUACUCUCUUCCCCACCAACGCCAUGUCUCCCAAGAAGCCUGCCCCGUUCUCCCUGGAGAGCUUUGACGGUUCUGCCUCUGGGAAGAAGGAUAUCCAAAUCUAUACGGACUCCCGUGACCGCAUCCCCAAGGCUUCCCAGUUUGCAACCCCAUUUGCCGCUUCCUCGCAGUCACCCAGCACUGCUUCCCGUGCUCCACGGGCCGUUGAAGCACAUGAUCUGGAUGUCCCUGGGCUUGGACCACCCAGUUCAGCUCUUCGACGCGGAAAGGAUGCCCGCCGCAUUCCUGAUGAUCAGAUGACAAUGAUCUUCCGUGGCAAGAAAGUCAUCCACAGUUUCGACGACGAAGAUGAGGAUGAAGAUGAAGACGAGCUGGGCCUGUUCGCUGCUCGCCCCGACCUGCUGGACGACAAUGAUGAGAUCCUGAACAGCGUUCAGUCUCUGACUCGUGACUCCAUCCAACCUCGCCAGCUCUUUGAGAGGAAAGGUAGUCCGCCACUCGGUGGAGUUGUGAACAAGGUGGUUGAUGAUGACGAUGCUCCGACCGAUACGGAGGAGAAGGGUGAGCCUUCGACCUCCCCCAUCGCUACUCCGAAGUCCCCCGAGUUUCCUCAAGCCCCGGGUGCCACUCGCCUCACUCGCUCGUCUGCUCGCGGCACUCAGAUCGAAGAUACCCCCACCGCAAACAUUGCUUCCGAGGUCGUCAAGCGCAAACGUAUUAGCCCGUUCGACCAGUGGUUGCGCAAGAAGCAGAAACCCGACACCGUCACCCCCGGUCAGACCACUCCUCAGAAGCGAAGUGCCCGAGCUCCCAGUCCUACUGCUCCCCCGACUGCCAAGAAGACCCGAAGCAACCGUUCUGCUUAG